GGAGACAAGCAUGAGGAGAGUAACAAUUAUGGCAAUCUUGGUAAUGCUUUUUACCAACUGGGUUAUUUAAAAAAAUCCAUAGAGUACCACAACCUUGAUCUUAAAUUAGCUAAAGAGGUAGGAGAUAAGCAUAGGGAGGGUGGUGCUUAUGGAAAUCUUGGCAAUGCUUAUUGCAGUCUGGCUGAUUUCAAAAAAGCCACAGAGUACUACAACCUACAUCUUCAAAUAGCUAAAGAAGAAGGAGACGAGCGUGGGGAGGGUCAUGCUUAUUGCAAUCUUGGCAAUGCUUAUGGGAGUCUGGGUGAUUUUAGAAAAGCUCUAGAGUACCACAUCCUACAUCUUAAAACAGUUAAAGAAAUAGGAGACAAGUAUGGGGAGGGUUUAGGUUAUUGUAAUCUUGGCAAUGCUUAUUACCAUUUGGGUGAUUUCAAAAAAGCCAAAGAGUACUACAACCUACAUCUUAAAGUAGUUAAAGAAGUAGGAGACAAGCAUGGGGAGGGUAUAGGUUAUGGUAAUCUUGGCAAUGCUUAUUACCGUUUGGGUGAUUUCAAAAAAGCCAUAGAGUACCACAACCUAAAUCUUAAAAUAGCCAAGGAAGUAGGAGACAAGCGUGGGGAGGGUGUUGCUAAUGGCAAUCUUGGAAAUGGCUAUCUAACUCUGGGAGAUUUGAUAAAGGCCAACAAUUUAUGCAACGUAGCGCUCAAAAUUGCCAAAGAGGUGGAAGACAAAUCCUUAGAGGCUACGGCCUACUAUUCAUUAGGAUGUGUUUUUGAGUUGCAGGGUGGACUGCCAAAAGCCGUUGAACAUUACCAAACUAGUAUAGACUUAAGCAAUUCCUUGAGAAUACUUCUAAAAUCUAAAGAUGAGUGGAAAGUUAAUUUUCGAGAUCAGUAUCAAGACGUGUAUACACGUUUGAGUAGAGUUCUCGUAGAACAAGGUAAUAUCGUUGAAGCCUUAUUUGUUGCUGAGAAAGGACGAGCUCAAGCUCUGACCGACCUCAUGGAAUCCAGUUUUUGUAGUGGAACAAGUCAGCACAAGAGAGGCGAUGAAAUUUUAGCAGUUUUAAAGAACGUUCCAUCAGACACCGUCUUUCAGGCAGUGGACAAAGCUGACAUUAAUCUUUGGGUUGUGUCUGAAGGAAAACAAGUUCAGUUAAGACAAAGUAAACUCAAUGGUUCUGUUUCAGAGAAUGGUGGAGCCAGCCAGUACUCUGAGCCGUUCAUGCUCGGUGUUUAUACACAACUUGGUGUUCGUUCUAAUAAGAGAUGCGAGAACCGAUCUUUAGAUGCUUUGAGGGAGAGCCGUUCAAAAGUGGAUGAGAAAACUGAAGAAGACAACCUUCAACCUCCCAUCCAACAAAACGAAUGCCUGAGCUUGUUGUAUGAUACCGUUAUGAAGCCGGUGGCUGACCUGGUUCAAGGGAAUGAGCUACUCAUUAUUCCCGAUGGACCCCUGUGGCUCGCUCCUUACGCUGCAUUCAAGGAUGGAAAUUCUAAAUACCUGUACGAAUCGUUCAGAAUUCGACUCGCUCCAUCGUUAAGAAGUCUUAGACUAAUUGCCGAUUGCCCAGAUGAUUAUCACAAAAGCAGUCGUGCAUUACUUGUAGGAAACCCGUGGGUGGUCGAGGUUACUGACAGCAAAGGGGAGAUACUCCUCGAGCAGCUUCCGUCUGCUGAAGAAGAAGUAAAGUUGAUCGGAAAAAUUCUGAAUAUCACGCCAAUCACUGGCAGACAGGCCACGAAACGCGAGGUGUUGAAAAGACUCUGUUCCGUUUCCUUAGUUCACUUUGCGGCACACGGAUGUAUGGAAACAGGCGAAAUUGCUCUUACACCUGACCCAGAACGAAGAUCUAAUGUGCCAACGGAGGAAGAUUACAUUUUAACAAUUGAAGAUGUGUUGAAUGUUCAACUUUGCGCCAAACUUGUUGUACUCAGUUGCUGCCACAGUGGUCGGGGCGAGAUCAAGGCUGAAGGUGUGGUUGGCAUUGCGCGCGCUUUUAUGGGGGCUGGUGCCCGGUCUGUUGUGGUGUCCCUGUGGGCGAUUGAUGACGAGGCUACUCUCGAGUUCAUGAAAUACUUUUAUCAACACCUUGCUGAAGGAAAAUCUGCAAGCGAGUCACUGAACCUGGCUAUGAGAAGCCUCAGAGAAUCAGCCAAGUUCCGCGACAUCAAAUACUGGGCGCCCUUUUUACUGAUUGGAGAUGACGUCAGUCUUGACUUCAUGGCAAAAGAAAGAUAGAAUUUGAAUAUAAAAUCACAUAAAUCAAUUUUUUUUUUCAUCUCAAAAAGAAUGACGCAGGAACUUGGAAGUUUUAAAUGUUUCUCUAUUUUGACAAUUUUUGGCUAUUUUUCAUAACUUUUUACUUUUUCUUUAACUGGAACUUGAGAUGUGUAACUUUACUUUUGUGAGGAAAUAAAAACAGAUUGUUUCAUAACAGUUUGAUCAAUGGAAUUGUUUGU